CCCUGCGUUUCUCGAUUGCAACGCACAGUUGACAUAUCAACAACACGCUUUGAACCUACGUCUCUUCUGCAACUCUCUUUCUCUCUCAUUGAUACCUUCCCCACUCCCUCCUCCCUCACCUUCAUCAAUUCUUCUCUACCACUUCACCGUCCUUGUGACCCCCCACCGCUUCAUAUUAAACCUUAACCACAUUCAGCUCUGCCUCUGAAUCAAUUGAUCUUCCGAAUUCAUCUGAAAUUUACUCCACAUUGCACUCAAACGAUGUCGUUCGAAGAGGAAGAAUCGUUCGAGCACACACUCCUGGUGGUCCGCGAAGUCUCCGUGUUCAAAAUCCCUCCGAGAACCACCAGCGGAGGCUACAAGUGCGGCGAGUGGCUCCAGUCCGACAAGAUCUGGUCGGGUCGGCUCCGAGUAGUAUCGUGCAAAGAUCGAUGCGAGAUCCGAUUGGAGGAUCCGAGUUCCGCUGAGCUCUUCGCUGCUUGUUUCGUACACCCGGGUCAGAGAGAGAGCGCGGUGGAGCCGACGCUCGAUUCGAGUCGGUACUUCGUGUUGAAGAUCGAGGACGGAAGGGGAAAGCACGCGUUUAUAGGGCUAGGGUUUAAUGAACGGAACGAGGCUUUUGAUUUCAAUGUGGCGUUGUCAGAUUAUGAAAAGCAUGUGAAGAGAGAGAACGAGAAGGAAUCGGGUGAAGCUAGUGAUGAGAGUCAAAUUGAUAUUCACCCCGCUGUGAAUCACAGAUUGAAGGAAGGUGAAACCAUUCGGAUUAAUGUGAAGAACAAGCCAUCGAGUGGGACCGGGAUGCUUUCAGCUGCGGGAUUGUCUGGAGGACCUUCUGGAACUGGAAAGCCUAAAGCUCUAGGCCUUGCCCCACCGCCCAGUGGGGGAGGGAAGAUUAGGUCUCCUCUUCCACCCCCACCCAAUGAUCCUGCUGCUGCUCGGGUUACGUCUGCAAGUCAUGGUGGUGUUGUAAAGGGAUCAAAGGAAAAUGCGCGACAUUCUACCGAUCCUUUCUCAGACCUCUCCCAACUUGAGAGGAGCCUCCCUCCCACAACUGGAUCGGGAUCAAGUAAAACCACUGCAGCUGGAUGGGCAGCAUUUUGAUUGUGUGAGUUUGUGUUAAAUAUUGCUGAGAUUGCUGUUGUAUUAAAAAAAGAAAAUGGAAGGGGAAGUUGAAGAGUGAAAGGCAAUGCAGGGUACCAAAUGCUUCAUUUUUGAAAAAUAAUGGUCAAUGGAGUAUGUUGAUAUUCUUCUUUUGAUGAGCUUGAACUUCUAAAUCCUAUAUUUAUAUAUAUUAUAUGGAAAAUAAUUCUUUUUUUCUUUCUUGCUUUUCUAUUGCUAAUCCAUCGUGUGGUUGACAGGUGUUCAUCUAAGGUGGCCUUCUUUUUAUGGCCCAUGAUAGUUUUAUAUUUUCUUGCCAAAAGUUGAC